UUAUUUUCUCUUCUUACCUUUGGCGAUUUCGUUUAAUUGAAACCUGAUUUCAAGGUAAACUUGUUGAAAGUUCAUUGACACAAUCAGUUCGUCAUCAAGUAUUAAUCUUUAUUUUGGUGAUAUUCAAAUUGGAAUCCAUGGUUUCCAAUUGAGAAUCAUCACAAUUUUGUCUUCAUUUUUUUUUUCUCUUGUUUUCUUUUGUUUUUCUUCACGUGUUCUUUUCAAGAGUAACAAUUAACGACAAUUACAACAGAAUUAAACGAAAAAUUCAAUCAACUGAUGAUUAAUUAUAAUCGUUGAUUGAAUAGCUUCUUAUCUUAAAUUUCCAAUCAAUUCUCUCUCUUUUUAUUUACCAUUGGUUAACACAAUCAAAAAAUGUCUUCAGUUGAACAAAACGCCAUCGAUUCACUUUCAGCCGAUUUAAGUGAGUCUCUUGGAUUACAAGGUGAUAAUGAAGAGAGUGUAACUGAUCCACCUUUACAUGUGCCAAUUGAAAAUCAAUCGGAAACUGAACCUCAACAGAAUAACAACUCUCACAUCUCAACUAUGGAUUCUCAUGAAAAUCAAUUGCCCUCAUCGUCUUCAUCAAGUGAAAAUAUCUCAUCGAUUGAUGGAUGUGCUAUCAGUCGACCCUUAAGAAAUUCACCUGAAUCUUUUGGGUCAAGUUUCGAUGGCGAAUCAAUUGGCGGCAAUGGUGCUACUGGUGGUGGUGAUAUUGAAUCGAUCGAUAGUCCGUUAGGUCAUUUUAAAACCGAUAUAUUUGACGCUGAAUACCGGAUGGACUAUCCUCGCCGGGGAAAGUGCCUUAUUUUUAAUCAUAAACAUUUUGUCUCUGUUGCUACUAGAAAUGGUACCGACAUUGAUGCAUAUAUUUUGGAAAAAUGUUUCGCAAGUCUUGGUUUUGAGGUUGAAACUCACCAAGAUCUUAAAUUUGCUGAACUUCAGGAUGUCUUGAAACGAGUUUCUGGAGAAGUUGAUCAUUCGGAUGCCGAUUGUUUUGUUUGUUGCAUUUUGACACACGGGGAAGAGGAAAAGCUUCAUGCCAGUGAUCAUCAAUACAGUAAACGAGAUGUAUAUGAACUUUUCACCGGUGAUAAAUGUCCAUCGCUCAAAGGAAAGCCUAAAGUGUUCCUUAUCCAGGCUUGCAGAGGAAAUGCGGAAGAUCCUGGUACUCACUUGGACUGCCAAACUGACGCUGCAAUAACGAUCGCUCAACCGGCUGAUCGAACUCAAUCCAUUCCCAUUUGGGCUGACUUUUUGAUCUCAUACUCAACUGUUGAAGGUUAUUUUUCGUAUCGUAAUACAAGUUCCGGUGGAUGGUUUGUUCAAUCACUUGGUCCACUUUUAUCAACUCAUGGAGCUUAUUACGAUUUUGUCUCAAUUUUAACCCACGUAAACAUGGUGGUUGCUCGAGAUUUCGAAGCAAGACCAAAAGGAAAACAAAUACCCCAAACUGUUCACACAUUGACCAAAAAGUUGGUUUUCCGUCGGAAAAAGAAUCAACCAAUCAAACCAUCGACAAUUUCGUUCCAAGGUAACCUAAAUUGUUGAAAGAAAACCAUGGAAACUUGAAAGAUUCUCAAGGAGCAUCAAAUUAUCCAAAAGAAGGUUAAUUUUUCCCUCUCUUUUAUUUAUUCUUUCACUUUGUUCUCAUUUCAACAUCAUAAUCAAUCCAUUUUUAUUCUUUUCUAAUUUUUCUUUUAAUUUUGCUUUUUCAUUUCAUUUUUAAUUUCUUAAUUUCAAUACAUCCAAUUUGUCUUUUUUUGCUAUUCAUUUAUACUCUUUGAUAAAAUUAAAUUUUUCGAUUCAUUUUCUCAUAAGAAAAAGCCAAUUGACCAUUUAUUUGGCAACUUCCCACUAAU